GACAGUUUGUAACGGACUCAUGUAAGGCAGACGUAAACAAGCCUAGUUUUUGUUUCGUUUCUUGUAACAUAAAGAGAAACAUGGCAGGACUGGAGCUCUUAUACAGUAGCGUAGCCAAUUCUCUAACAUCUGCUCAAGAUGCUGUUGUGUGCUUUGUACACUGGGAAAUUGUGAAGAAUGGAUAUAAAUGUUUAGGAACUGGAGAUGAGCCCAAAGAUGGUGAGAAGAAAUCAGAGUUGCUUCCCACAGCCUGGAAUGUGAGCAAAGAUCUAUAUACACUGAGGUACAGAUCAAACAAUGACAAAUCCAACCUGCUGCUUAAGGCCAUUAGAGUGGAUUCCAGCUUGAUCUUUAACUUAAUGGAUUCUGCUACAGACAAAGUAACAGAUCUGACCAUUAAUGUUUUUGACUAUACAGAUGAGACUAACCUGCAGUCAUUUGAAAAUGUGUAUAAGAACACAGAAGACUUGACUAAACAGCUAAAGUCAUCACUGCUUCCAGCACCCAAAAAAGAGAGCAGUGUAAGGCCAGAAAGGAGAGAGAGUGCUCCAGACACACGACCUAACCCAGACUAUGAUCCUCUGCGCAUCCCUCACAGAGCCCCUCCUGCACGGCACCCCCCAAAUUGGAAUGAUCCUAUGGGUCCAUUUGCUGCAGGAGGGGCAGACCUUGAUCCAUUUGGAGGGAGGACAGGGGGCAUGAUCGUGGAUCCGUUACGAUCAGGCUUCCCCCGUUCUGGCUUUGACCCGUUCAGUGGAACACCUGAUAUCCUCCCUCCUGGCGCUGUGCCCCCAGGUGCACGCUUUGACCCUUUUGGACCAGUUGGCAGAAACAGACCUGGGCCAGAUCCUGAUCACCUGACCCCACCAGGCUAUGAUGACAUGUUCAUGUAGAAGAUUAUGAAGAACAAACCUUUCCUAGAAGACACCCUGUUUCUUCGACAUUCUAUAUUUACAUCUCUUCUGGUUUCCAUAACAGACAAUGAGCACUUUAAGGUUUAAUUAAAAGACAGCAAAUUUAAUUUUUGUCAUCUACUAAUGCAAAAGUCAUUAAAGCAGAUUUUGUUUACUGAAA